AUGGCCUCGGACGGCGACCGAUCCGACGAGCAGCGACCGCUGCUUCACGAGGGCGCCUCGAGUGUUGGUGGUGACGCGGCCCUGCCCAAGACGACAACGACGACCCAGCCAACAGCGUCGUCGUCGUCGUCGUCGUCGUCGUCGUCGUCGUUGUGGUCGCGCCGCGGGCUCCUCGUCUCUUCGCUGCUCAUCCUGCUCACGUCCAACCUGACGGCGAUUCUCGUGGACACGGCGAGCAACCAGCUGAUUGAGGGCGCGGCGUGCAAGCAGCUGCAUCCCGAAGUGACGGACUGGUACAAGGACCCCGUGUGCAAGAAGAGCCUCGACGUGCAGGACCGUCUGGCGCUGAUUGCGGGGUGGGAGUACUCGUGGUCGCUGGUGCCGGGCCUGCUGCUGGCGAUCCCAUAUGGCGUCUUUAUGGAUCGGUACGGGCCGCGGGCGAUGCUGAUUCUCGUCGCGCUCGGUGGCGUCAUUACGCAGACGCUCUACCUGGUCCGGGGUUUGUGUGAUGAAGCCCAGUACCCGGAGCUCUUUGAUUUACGCAUGCUUUGGGGUUGUGUGUUUAUCGGCUCCGUCAUUGGUGGUGGUAACAUCGGUUGGCAAGCCGUUGUUUACACCGUGUGCAACAUGAUUGCGUCAAAAGACAACAGGGCCGAGAUCCUCUUCUACGUGUCUUCAAUCACCACAUUAAACAUGCUAUUUGGAGGGUUCCUUGUCUACUGGGCAAUGAAUAUCGGGCCCGUAUUUGCACAGUCACUCGGCUGUGUCAUAUUUGUCGUAGAACUUGCAUUGUCCUUUACGCUGCCUGGCGGGUUGGCCUCGGGCGAGCCUGUGACGCAAACUGACAGUAACGCUUCUGCCUGGCAAGCAAUCGUUCACGGCCUGAGCGGAACCAAAAAAGGCGUCAUGGGCUUUGGCAAGCUCUUUAGCCAGAAUCGCCAGUUGGGGCUUUUACUGAUAAGCCUUGUGAUUUCCACCAUUGGCAUCAGACAGUCGGGCAUUCGACAGCAAUAUGCAACUCACAGAUAUGGCUGGUCUUGGGCAAAGGCCGGUUUAAUGGUCUCCGUGACCUCUACUACAACGCUUGUUGUUAUGGUUCUCCUUGUCCCAUUUGCAAGUCGGCACCUACUAAAGACCCGGUCCGCCAUGGGAAAGGAUCUCGUUAUUGCCCGUGCCGGCAUCCUUUCACUCGCCUUUGGCAGCCUUUUCGUGGGUUUGGCCAGGACAUCAGAGCAGUUUAUUGCCGCACUCGUCUUCUACAUGACGGAAAGCUGCUACAUGCCGGCGAUUAUUAGCACCAUUGCCGCCAUGGCGGGCGUUGAUAAUAUCCAAGCGGACCGUACUGGCUCUCUCUACAUGGCGGUCGUGUUCAUGAAUAAUUUGGGCGCCAUAGUCGCCGGACCAAUUAUUUCUUCGCUUCUUCGUGUUGGCAUGAGUCUGGGGGGUGACUGGGUCGGUCUGCCGUUCUUUGUCGAGGCAGCCAUACAAAUUGUUACCAUUUGUAUUGUCUUUAGUAUCAGAGAGAGCCACUACAAGCGUCUUCAAACACAAGAAGAUGGGCAAGACUCGACGUCUGCUGCAUCAGCUUAG